AGGGGCGUGCCUUUCUCCCCCCUACUCCUUGCAAAAUAGAGCGCUGGGAAAGGUUGUGCAGAAUGUGUCGUUGCCGAUAGGCAGGCUGGGGAAAGAGGGCGAAGUAGGGGAAAGGGCGAGGUAGGGAAGGAGGGCUGGCCCCGUUUCCUCCUGCAGAAGACCGUGGGCGGGCGCCGUUGCAAUUGCAAGCAAGCCAGCAAGAAUCCAGCUGCCAUGGCCCUGCUCCGAGGUGUAUUCAUUGUUUCUGCCAAAAGGACCCCCUUUGGGGCGUAUGGAGGCCUUCUCAAGGACUUCACCGCCACAGACCUCACAGAGUUUGCGGCACGGGCAGCCCUGUCUGCUGGCAAAGUGUCUCCUGAAAUCAUCGACAGCGUGAUUGUGGGCAAUGUGAUGCAGAGCUCUUCAGAUGCUGCUUACAUUGCAAGACACGUUGGGUUGCGGGUUGGAGUGCCGAUCCCAGUUCCGGGCCUAACAGUUAACAGACUCUGUGGGUCAGGUUUCCAGUCCAUUGCCAAUGGGUGCCAGGAAAUCUGCCUUAAAGAAUCAGAGGUGGUUUUAUGUGGUGGAACAGAAAACAUGAGCCAGUCUCCGUACGCCGUCCGAAACAUUCGCUUUGGAACAAAAUUUGGAGUCGAUCUCAAGAUGGAAGACACUUUAUGGGCAGGGCUGACGGAUCAACACAUUAAGACCCCGAUGGGAGUCACAGCUGAAAAUCUAGCUGCCAAAUAUGACAUCACGCGAGAAGACUGUGAUCGCUACGCUGUGAAGACCCAGCAGAGGUGGAAGGCAGCGCACGAAGCAGGUUACUUCAAGGCGGAGAUGGCUCCGAUCGAAGUGAAGACCAAGAAAGGAAAACAGAGUAUGGAUCGAGAUGAACAUCCCCGGCCGGAGACGACUGUAGAGCAGUUGGGAAAGCUCCCCACGGUUUUCAAGAAAGACGGGACGGUCACCGCUGGAAACGCUUCGGGUGUCUGCGACGGGGCCGGAGCCGUGAUAAUUGCCAGCGAAGAGGCUGUUAAAAAGCACAGCCUCACCCCCCUGGCCAGAAUAGUAGCUUAUCACGCGUGUGGCUGCGACCCCAACAUCAUGGGCAUUGGUCCAGUGGCUGCCAUUACUGAAGCGCUGAAGAAAGCCAGCCUUUCUCUGAAAGACAUGGACUUGGUUGAGGUUAACGAAGCUUUUGCUCCACAAUACUUAGCAGUCGAGAAGGUUUUGGGCCUGGACCCUGAGAAGACAAAUGUGGACGGAGGAGCCAUCGCCCUGGGUCACCCUUUGGGGGCCUCGGGUUCGAGGAUCACCGCUCAUCUGGUUCAUGAACUAAAGCGCCGUGGAGGUAAAUACGCCGUUGGUUCUGCUUGCAUUGGGGGUGGCCAGGGAAUCGCUGUCAUCAUUCAGAAUACAGCCUAAAGCGACCUUUCUGGAGCCUUUGGUGUCUCGACGCUGAACCUUCCAUCAACUGUUACAUGUAUGCCAGAAGUAUAAAGAGGGAAGAAAACAGCUCAGCGUUUUCUAAUUUGGAAAAGGACCGUCCUAAACCAUCCAGUACAGUAAAGAAACAACUGCAGUCUGGUUUUAUUUCCUUCCUCCAAUGAAAAUAACUAGAUAAUUUCAAAUUCAGCCCGUUUAGCCAUUAACUUUUUACUACCUCUUGCUGAGCGUAAAACAGAAUUAAUCUCGGAACAGGGAUUUUCCUUAAGAAAUACUAGCCUGCCAAGUAUCUGCUAAACUUGCCUUACAGCCCAGGUGGGAGUGCGGCGUUUCCCGUAACCAUAGUGUUUAUCAACACUGCGUUUCCUCUUGGGGGGAUCGUCUUGCUGGUACUUUGGCAUAAAUGUACACGGAUUUAGGAUUCUUGCAUGGUCAGGAAGCGCAGACCUUUGAGGGAACGAUUUAACAGAUCGUAUGUCUGGGAGUAGGUUGUGAUUUACGUUUUUAAGACCUGAGGAACAAAACUGUGAUAAAUCUAAUGUGCCUUUCCUGUAGAAAAAUUAAAAAGCAGAUUUUGGAGCUUU